AUGACUAUGGAUGAUUCUUUCAAGAAGCCAGGAGCCAUUCCAUUCAAGUGGGAGAUCCGGCCCGGCGUCCCGAAGCUUCGACAACCACAAGAACCUUUAUACGAACCUCGUAGUGGAUUAUUCCUACCUAAACACCACCUCGAACCACCACCAAAACCGCCAAGCCAUCACAACAGUCCAUUUCGUGACACCCCAACGCGUAAACUUGGACCCCCACCUGCUGGAUUGUACUUCCAUCCUUCGACACAGACUCGAAGCAAGUCUUUUCGUGCUCGAUCCCAGCGUAUUCUUGGCCGAGCGGAAUGUGUUUCACCGGUUGGUUGCUUCCCAUCUCCUUCGGUGAAGCGGAGAAAUGAGGUCAAGAAGAGUGUCUACAAGUUCGAAUUUCGACCCGGGACUGAACCGAACUACAAUUCAGAUAUUGAGACAGUGUCUCGAUGGUCUGUCUCAAGUAGAAAGUCCAUCUCUCCAUUUCGUGACUCCCCGAUGUCUUCUUCCUUUUCCUCAUACCAGUCAUCGCCACGUCUAAUGGCCGAUGCAGAUUGGGCUGGCUUUGGUUUAUUUUAG